UUUAUUACUCAAGAAAAAUAUUUCCCUCUCUCUCUGAUAAAAUAGCUUCUUACUUUAUCUCUCUCUCCCUCUCUGGUUGGGAUAACAAAGAAGAAGUAUCAAGAAAUGGCAGACUGGAUACCGGUGAUUGCAGCGACGAUCUUGUUCGUGGUUCUGACGCCGGGACUACUGUUUCAGGUUCCCGGCAACAAUAAUUUUGUAGACUUUGGGAAGAUGGAGACGAGCGGUUACUCAAUUCUUCUUCAUUCAGUCAUUUACUUCGGCCUCGUCACUGUGUUCACCAUCGUCAUUCACUUUCCUGGCACUUAA